AUGGCUACCGUCUUCGACAAGCCUGCUCUACCCACGCUCGAUCGCCUUGGUGUCUCGCUCCAAGCCGACGUCGAUGUCCAGAAAGUCGCCACCGAGUGGUUCGCGAAGUUCGUGCCCGCCGCCUCUGCGAAGGAUACGACCAAGAUCGUCGACCUCUUCCUCGAGGACGGCUGGUGGCGCGACCACCUCGCGCUCACCUGGGAGCUCCGCACCUUUCACGGCGCUGCGAAGAUCAAGAAGUUCCUCGACGACCAGCUCGCGCCCUUCGACUUCUCGGGCGUUAAGCUGUGCGACGGCGCGGAGCUGAAGCGGCCGUAUCCCGACCUCGCGUGGGUCCAGGCGAUUUUCGACUUCGAGACGAACGUCGGGAUCGGAAGCGGCGUGGUCCGGCUCGUACCUACCGCGAGCGGGGAGUGGAAGGCGUUCACGCUGUACACGACGCUCGAGGAGCUCAAGGGCUUCCCCGAGAGGAUCGGGCCUAACCGUAACUUCCUACCUAACCACGGGAAGUGGCUGAGCCAGCGCGAGGAGGAGCGCACGUUCUCGAAGGGCGACCCCGCCAGCGGCUUGGACGCUGCCGCUCGCUUGAAGAUGUUGGGCGUUCCGGCGCUGGUCAUCGAGAGGCAGAAUCGUAUUGGUGAUCAAUGGAGGUAUCGGUAUGAAGCGCUUUGCCUGCAUGAUCCCAUCUGGUACGACCAUUUGCCAUAUUUGCCCUUCCCACCUACGUGGCCAGUCUUCACACCCGCACAAAAGCUUGCCGGUUGGCUCGAGUACUACGCAGAAGCCAUGGAGCUGAAUGUUUGGACAAACGCUGAAGCCGAGAACGUCAAGCUUCUCGAUGACGGCAAGUAUGAGGUCGUGGUAAAGAAAGGAGACGGCACGAAGCGUACAUUCACCGUCGACCAUGUCAUCAUGGCAGUCGGUUUUGGCGGCGGAGUGCCCAAGAUGCCUUCUUUCCCCGGGCAGGAAGAGUUCCAAGGUCAGAUCUUGCACUCAACGCAGCACAAAUCAGGGAGAGAUCACAUCGGGAAGAAGGUCGUGAUCAUUGGCGCUUGCACCUCCGGUAGAGAAGUCAGACGAUUCUACUCACACGAUCUAGCGUCAGAUUACGUCGAGCACGGAGUCGACGUGACCCUCUUCCAGAGGAGCGAGACGUAUGUUAUGUCGACGAAGAACGGCAUGCCGCGUGUGCUCGGUGAAACCUUCUGGGAAGGCGCCGGACCGACGGAGCUCAACGAUCGCAUCCACACCUCCAUGCCUGCCUUUAUGAUGAAGGAGAUACACAAGCGGAUCACAAAGGACAUCGCUGAAGAUGACAAGGAGACCUUGGACGGUCUGCGGAAAGUCGGUUUCAAGCUGGGGUGGGGUAGCGAUGGUGCUGGCUUCCUCUACAACGCCAUGAGUCGUGGAGGAGGGUACUACUUGGAUGUCGGCACAUGCCAGAAGAUCAUCGACGGCAAGAUCAAAAUAAAGAACGACAGCCAGAUCGAGCGCUUCACCAAGACUGGUCUUAAGUUCGAGAACGGCACCGAGCUCGAGGCUGACGUUAUCUUGUUCGCUACGGGCUUCGAGGGUGCAACGAGGGUGAUCAAGCGUUUGGUCGGCGACGAGGUUGCGAGCAGAGUCUCGCCGAUCUGGGCCCUGGAUAAGGAGGGCGAGCAGAACGGCGCCUGGCGCUUCCUCGGCGUCCCGAAUCUCUGGUUCAUGACCGGUAUGUGA